UCUGAAAAGAGGAAAAACAAAAACAGAACCAUGAAUAUAACACAAAAGACACACUUUUUUAAUAAUCUCUUAUUGUUUUUUAUGAUCAUUUCUUCUUCUUCUUCUUGUUCAGUGGUUCACGGGGUUAAUGAAGCCGUUGGUUAUGGCUACAAACUGAAAUCCGUCUCCGUUGACCCGAACAACAAGUGGUUGACCGCUGGUCUUGCUCUUAUCCGCAACUCCUCUGUUUAUGGACCCGAUAUCCAGAAUCUCAAUCUUUGCGUUAGCUCCGAGUCAAACAAUCGUUUGAGAAUCAGGGUUACUGACUCAGCGCAUCAAAGAUGGGAAAUCCCACACGAAAUCAUUCCUCGUCAAUCACAAGAUCAUUUCCCCCUCAGUUCAUCAGUAAACCACCCAACGGAGAAGCUGAAGGAAACCCACUCGGUGUCGGACCCAACAUCGGACCUCAUUUUCACCCUCCGAAACACCACUCCGUUCGGUUUCUCGGUGACACGCCGCUCCUCCGGCGACACCCUUUUCGACGCAUCUCCGGAUCCAUCGGAUCCGAGCACUUUCUUGGUGUUCAAGGAACAAUACAUUCAACUCGCCUCCGCGCUUCCUGAAAACAGGUCGUCUCUUUACGGACUCGGGGAGCACACAAAGAGAUCGUUCAAGUUACAACGUGAUGACUCGUUUACGUUGUGGAAUGCGGAUUUGUCGAGUGCUAAUCUUGAUGUUAAUCUUUAUGGAUCGCAUCCCUUUUAUAUAGACGUAAGAUCAGCAUCUGAAGAUGGCAGAGUAACAGCAGGGACUAGCCAUGGAGUAUUAUUGCUUAAUAGCAAUGGGAUGGACAUAGUUUAUGGAGGGAACAUGAUAAGUUACAAGAUUAUUGGAGGUGUUAUAGAUUUGUAUGUUUUUGGUGGGCCAUUGCCACUCACUGUCAUUCAGCAGUAUACUGAGCUUAUUGGCCGCCCUGCUCCCAUGCCUUAUUGGUCCUUUGGAUUCCACCAGUGCCGAUAUGGCUACAAAAAUGUUUCUGAUGUUGAGGGUGUGGUUGCUGGCUAUGCAAAAGCCAUGAUCCCUCUCGAAGUUAUGUGGACCGACAUCGAUUACAUGGAUGGAUUCAAGGUCUUCACUCUUGACCCCAUCAACUUCCCUGAGGACCAGAUGAAGCAAUUUGUUGAUAAGCUUCAUCGGAAUGAUCAGAAAUACAUCGUCAUCAUAGAUCCUGGUAUCGGUAUAAACAGUACAUAUGGAAGCUACAUCAGAGGGAUGAAAGCUGAUGUAUUCAUAAAAAGAGAUGGCAUCCCUUACUUGGGCGAAGUUUGGCCUGGUCCAGUCUACUUCCCAGAUUUUUUAAAUCCUCAAACACAAACUUAUUGGGAUGGUGAGAUCAAAUUGUUUCGAGAUAUUCUCCCUGUUGAUGGUCUUUGGCUUGAUAUGAACGAGUUAUCCAACUUCAUUACCUCCUCUCCGAAGCCAAAUUCUGCCAUUGAUGAUCCUCCUUACAAGAUCAACAAUGAAGGAAUCCAACGACCAAUUAAUAAUAAAACAGUUCCUGCAACAGCUUUGCAUUUUGGUAACCUGACAGAGUAUGAUGUUCAUAACUUGUACGGUUUACUGGAAUGCAAAGCAACACAUGCGGCAUUGGCGAAUCUGACAGGAAAAAGGCCAUUUAUACUUAGCAGAUCGACUUUUGUAAACUCUGGAAAGUAUGCCGCACACUGGACCGGAGACAAUGCAGCCACGUGGGAGGAUUUGGCUUACACAAUUCCAUCCAUUUUAAACUUCGGACUCUUUGGAAUUCCAAUGGUUGGUGCUGAUAUAUGCGGCUUUUCAGGGAAUACCACAGAAGAGCUCUGCAGACGAUGGAUCCAACUGGGGGCUUUUUACCCUUUUGCUAGAGAUCACUCGGCAAUUGAUUCAACCCGGCAGGAACUCUAUCUCUGGGACUCGGUCUCUGCCACAGCUAGGAAAGUGCUGGGUCUCCGGUAUCGGCUGUUGCCAUACUUUUACACUCUAAUGUACGAGGCACACGCGAAAGGGACUCCCAUAGCAAGGCCUCUGUUCUUCACAUUCCCACAAGAUGUUCAGACUUACGAAAUCAAUUUGCAGUUUCUCGUAGGCAAAGGCAUAAUGGUAUCACCUGCAUUGAGCCCUGGAGUAGUUUCAGUCAAUGCAUACUUCCCCAGUGGAAACUGGUUCGACCUCUUCAAUUACUCCAACUCAGUGAGUUCAACAUCCGGGAAAUACUUCACACUUGCUGCACCACCUGAUCAUAUAAACUUGCAUGUCCGAGAAGGCAACAUCAUAGCCAUGCAAGGAGAGGCAAUGACGACGAAAGCUGCUAGGAAAACACCAUUCCAACUCUUGGUGGCCGUCAGCAAAUGGGAGAAUAUCACGGGGGAACUGUUCUUGGACGACGGAGAGGCGGUGGAGAUGGGGGAAGAUGGUGGAAAGUGGAGUGUGGUGAGAUUUCAUGGUGCAGAUACUGGUGAUGAUGUCCUUGUUAGAUCAGAAGUUGAAAACGGGGAAUAUGCUUUGAGUCAAGAAUGGAUCAUAAAUACAGUUAUAUUCGUGGGGUUGGAAAAAUCUCGGAGGGUGAAGUGGUUUGAAUUAAGCACUGCAAACACAACAAAUAUGAAUGGAAAUCCGGUUUUGAAGGCAAAAUUAGACAAGGAUGCGCAAUUCCAGGUUGUGGAAAUCACAAGACUGAUGCUUCCUGUGGGAAAGGAGUUCAAUUUACAACUCAAAACUCACUAAAGUUAGAAUUUUAAGAAGAGAGGCAGACUUCUAUGGCGCCUCUGUGAUAAAUCAGAAUGAACAAAAUAAAUAA